AUGGGCAAGGUUCUUUUGACUGGAGGCAGUGGCUUCAUUGCUGCUCACAUCAUUGAUAUCCUACUCGAGCAUGGAUUUGACACUGUAGUCACAGUCAGGUCCGAGGAAAAGGGCCAAAGAAUUCUUGAUGCCCAUCCCGACACACCAAAGGAAAAGCUUUCCUAUGUCAUUGUCAAGGAUGUCGCGGCAGAAGGAGCAUUUGAUGAGGCUGUCAAGUCCGACCCGCCUUUCGAUUAUGUCCUGCAUACCGCGUCUCCCUUCCACCAUAACGUUCAAGACCCUGUUAAGGACUUCCUGGACCCAGCCAUUAAGGGAACCACAGGAAUACUCAAGGCAAUCAAGGCCUAUGCUCCAACAGUAAAGAGAGUCACUAUCACAUCCUCUUUCGCUUCGAUUAUCAAUGUCAAGAAGCACGCCAAAGUGUACAGCGAGGCGGACUGGAACCCAGUGACUUGGGAGGAAGCCAUGGAUCCCCCUCAAACCUACCGUGCAAGCAAGACGUUCGCAGAGAAAGCUGCCUGGGACUUUGUCGAGAAGGAGAAGCCUAAUUUCGACAUCGCAACGAUCAACCCACCUCUUGUGUUUGGGCCUGUCGUGCACUACCUGAACACUUUGGAGGCCAUCAACACUUCAAACCAGCGAAUCAGUAACUUGAUCCAGGGAAAAUACAAGGACGCUCUUCCGCCGACCGCCACGUUCCUCUGGGUGGAUGUUCGCGAUGUUGCGCUCGCACAUGUUAGGACGAUAGAGGUUCCAGAAGCUGGUGGCCAACGUUUCUUUGUCACCGGCGGUUCUUACUCGAACAAAGAUGUCGCGGAUGUGAUCCGGGAAUCAUUCCCUGAACUUGAAGGUAAAUUGCCUCCGAAGGACGCACCAAGCGAUAUUCCGGCGGAUGUCUAUGGCUAUGACAACAAGAAAUCCAUUGAGGUCUUGGGUAUCCAGUACCGAACCUUGAAGCAGUCGGUUACUGACACUGCCAAAUCACUGCUAUCCCCGACAGCAAACCUGCUGCGGAACUCUCGCCUUUUCGCUCUUCCACAAGCUUUGACGCCACCCCCGCCGCCGGCGACCUCGAGAACUGUCUUUGAGUCCGAGACCGCGACCCUUCCCCAUCCUAUCCGAGCGUCUAUUGUCACACCAUCGUCUUCUCUAGCCAGGGGAGAUUGGGGCUUGAAAAGACCUCUUCCCGCCAAGACAACCUCCGAAAGAUCGUCCAGGCCCGUGGUCAGAAUCAAUGAACUCGAUACCUUCGAACACAUCACGGACUUCGAGUCCGCGGCCGAUCACACGGUGACCCUGGAGAAAUUCCAGGAACUCCAUAUGCCGAUGUCGCUCCCCUCGAAAGUCAAUUACGCAACCAGCAUCAUUCCUAGACACCAGAGUCCCUUCGAGUCGCACGUGGACAACACACAAACCAGCGAAGGCCGUGAGGUGCCCGGAGCCAAACAGUUCAGACAUUCCGGUCCCUGGCUUGCUGGGCAAACGGAGGCCAGGUUCCAGGCGUACUUGAAAAAGGUCCGGAAGAACAAGCCGGAACUUUUGCAGAAGCUCCGUGAAUAUUUUGUUGCCAAGCGCGAGGCCGAGCAAAGGAAGCAAGCACAGGAUAACGGGGCGGAUUUGGAGGCGCUCGAGCCUGUCGAGGUUACCGAUGAAGAAUUCCAGGACUAUCUCAAGACACUCCGCAACAGUCCGUCUUCUCUAGGCCCCGUCGUAUGGGAGCUCCUUGACCUCGCAUCCCCGCCUGCUGUACCGAGUUACCGAAUUGGCACCACGCACUACGUGUCCCCCGGCACCAAGCUCUCGUCGGCGGAAUAUGCAGCAUCCGGACCCCCGAAGACACAUCCCUCGGCGGGUUUGUCCUACUCUAGAUCACAUGCAUUGAUCUACAACCAUCCCAAGCAUGGACCUCAGGCUUAUCAACGCCCAGUGGAGGCACGUAUCUUGCGACCUAAGGGACGGUUCAAGGGCAAGAGCUCAAAGGCCAUUGCUGGUGUUGCUGGUAUUGCAGUGGAAGACCUGAAUGCUAUGACUUUCACGGACCAAGGCUCUCCUGCCGGCGUUGCCUACUUUGACGCAUCUAUCACCGGUGGUGCUAAAUAUUGGGUCACCCCUAUCCGGGCCUCUGUUGACUCGGAGGGCAGGAUUGGCCUGGCUUCUUACCGCGCUAGCGCUACUGCUAAGGCCCCUUACAACAUUGAUAGCCAGAAAAAGCCUGGGAUGUACAGCAUUUCCGACGUGGCUCGCGGCGAUCAGCGCGUGGUCCCGAGACUGGAUGGACAGCGGGGUCCCCAAGCGGACACUGAGGAGGUUGCAAGGAACCUCAUGAAGAGCCUUAGCUCAUAA